AAUUGUGCUAAGACGCCAUCGUGCGGCGUCUCAAAUGUGACAUUCAUUGCACUUCCAUUAAGUCACUCUGAGAGCGUUUAUUUGAUCAAAUCCAUUCUUAACCGAGUGGUGACCCUUUAUUUUCAUUCCAUAACAUGUAAACGCUCUUUUUUUAUUGCGUAAAGUGACAUGCUAGCUAGCUUCGGCGUUGUGGUAGUUAGCCAUGGACCCCCUGAGCAUGGUGGAGGAUGAAGUGGCUUUGGAGGGACUGGACGGCAUCACUAUUCCCUCUUUGUGGAUACGACUGGGAGGUAGGAGGCCCGAGUUUCCACUUAAGCUGGACGACGGCACCAAGGAGCUUGUCUGGAGGUCGCUGGUGGCCAACGCCGAUGUAAUGUUCUACGUUCUGCCCGCCGAGAGGGACGACGUGGUGCUGUAUGACAGGUUUAAGAUUUCUCACGAAGAGAACGACGAGGACGAGAAAGACGUGUACCCGCUGCACAUAAUCCAGGACAACAAGGACGGCAUCCAGGGCUCGUGCCCCACCUUCUUCCAAAGGACCGACGUGACGGCGCACUUGCGUUCCUCGUCGCCCGUCUGCGUGGAUGAGGUUUUAAAGAGGUAUGGCAGGAAGCUGGUGGCGGUGGCGUCGCAAAGGCGCCGUUUCCUGGCCCUCGUCGGCAGCGAGGGCGACCCUGACACCAAACUGCUGGAUGACUCCUACUGCAUGCUGGAGCGGGUGGGACGGGCACGGUGGCAGGGGGAGCUGCAGAGUGAUCUGCACAAGUCCUGUUUCAAGGUAGACUCGCGUAAGUUGCACUACAUCAGGAAGUCUCUGGACCGCCACGGCUUGGUGAGCACUCAGGCCUGCACCAAACGCCUCAAGACGGGACAAGGGCAGAGCUCCAUUCUCCUCAUGCUCAAACGCUUCCACAUCAUCAGGAGGUCCAAGUACGACAUGCUUAUGGAAUACGUGUCCAACCUCCUCCAGAAGAUGCCCAACCAGCUGGCUGCAUUUGUCACCAUCCGAGAGCAUCUGGAUCUGCCAGAGCAAGUGUGCAAGCGCGUGUUUCGCUACAUGCGAGAUGGCAAGAUGGUGGAAUACUGCAGUGUGCCUUUGGAGGAACUGGAUAAGGAGGGAGGAGCCCUGCGAACCAGAAGAGGUAAAAAAGUGCAGGUACGUUGCCUGAAGCUGAUCAAGCCAUACGCAAGCAAGGUCGUUACAGCGAUGGAUGAGUGGAAGGAAGACGAAGAUGAUGACGAAGACGAGGAGGACGAUAAGAGGCGAGCUCAGCCCCCUGUAGGCCGGCUCAUGGAAAAGGACGUUUUAUCCCAGGCGUACAAGCUAAUUGUAUCGUGUGGCACCAAGGGAAUCGCUCAGUCGGGCAUCGCGUCCAGGAUGAAUGUUGGGAAGCUGGAGGCUCGCAUGCUGUGGAGGAAGUUGGAGAGAGAAGGCAUCAUCAAGGGUUUCAUGGUGGACCAAGGCCGCCAGAGGGUCACAAAGUUCAUCAGCCACAGGAGUGUGGGUGGCAGCGAUCAUCUAAAUCUUCUCUCUAAAGAGAAGCAACGCAAGAAGCUUUUCCACUCGUCCUCACCCAUCUCAGCGAGUACCCCCAAGGCCUCCCCUCUAGCCCAGGCUUCAGGCAAACGACAGCAGAAAACCCCCAAGAAGAGCAGUGUGGCGAGUGAAGCGGAAAAUAAAAUGGAAGAUGAGGUUGAAACUCAAGAUUUGGGAGGUCAAGUCGAAAACAAAUUGAGAGGAAAAGCCGCUAAGAAUCCUGAGGUGGUCACCCCAGAAGCUGCUACAACUCCAUUAAUACCAGACACAAAGCCUGCUGGGACAUCGGAGCAAGCUUCAGUCAAAGAGAAAGAGGAGGAGGAAGGAUCUUUGUCUCCAUGCCAGGAGGAGGACAGGAUUGCAGCAGACACAGCAACCGACAUUCUGGUGGUCGAUACUGUUUAUAAUCAGACGAUCUCCACGAACGGUUUCAGGACGCAUGAAACAUACCGCACGCUUAGGAGGAAGAACCUGAUCAUGGAGGCUAUACAUAAGCUCAAAGUCAUCGAUGGCCUUUACCAAUUGCAGAGGCUGAUCAACGACGAAGAAAAACGUCAGGGUUUCACCACGAAGUGCUGCAAGAAGACCACAGCGCGCCUUGUCCAGACUCUCUCCAGAGAAGGACUGCUCAAGAUCUUUACCACUACCGUUAUACAGGACGGCAUCAGUAGGAAGCUGGAGAUGUUCGUUCAUCCAUCUGUCCAGCCCAAAGAUGAGUUGGUGAGCGCGAGCAUUGACCAGGUCCGCUUCAAAAUCACCAGCUCCUGCGUUGCUACAUGCCAGCAGGCAGUGAGCAACGACAGCCCCUAUAAAGUUGAAAAAGAAGAAACCAGCAAGAGCUUCAAGAGUUUCACUGAAAUCAAGAAGGAACACUUGAAAGACGAUGGGAAAUUUAGGCCCACGACAGUUCGAGGACUCGGCAAAACUCUUGGUUUCCAGCCCAAGAUGCAUCGCCUGCGUGUUUUGCACACCUUCCUCUGGUAUGUCAUCUACGACCACCCAAUGGGGCCGAGACCCUCCUGGCUCGCGACCCCCCAAGAAGACCCUCCCAAGGUCGUUAAAGAGCCACUUUACACAAAGGAUGACAUUGUUAGCCUGAAUGAUUUGGAUGGGGCCCUGUCGGGGGAUGAUGAUGAGGCCCUGAUGGAAAAUUCCAGUCACUCAAAGUGUGAAAUUAAAGUUUACUCAGAGGAGGAUUCAUGGAAGAGGUUUAUCCCGCCUGUUCGCACGCACAGCGAUCGAGACAGUGGCUGGGUGAUCGUGGGCGACCUGCUCUUGUGCCUGCCGCUCUCCAUAUUCAUCCAGUUGAUACAGAUUAACUAUCAGAUCGAUGGCCUGGAGGAGUACUUGAAUGACCCCGUGAAGCAACAUUAUCUGAUUCGGCAGCUGCCCCUUGCAAUCAGAAAGAAGCUCUUUUACAAGCGAAAAUACGUUUUUGUGUUCUUCGAGAACCUGCAGCGCUUGGUGUGCAUGGGCCUGCUUCAGUUUGCACCUGUGGCGAAGUUCAAGGAGAAAGACCAGCUGUUUUGUUACCUGAAGCGCCACGCCACCAUUGUAGACACCAUCAACACAGAACCACAUUAUUGGUUGGUGGCCGAGCCCGCCGACAAACCCUUUGACAGACGGCGCUACACCUUCAAGAGCACUGAUGACGUGGACACAUACUGGUUCGACCUCAUGUGCGUCUGCCUCAACACGCCUCUGGGUUUGAUUCGACUCAAGCGAGGCGGCUCUGACGAGGAAAAGACCCCGUCUUUUGUGCAAGAACGAAGUGUCUUUAUGGGAAUGGCUUCGUUGCUCAAGGGCAGCGCCAUAGUAAGUGACGAUGGCACCACGCCGGGCGAUGGAAAAGGCGCUGGAGGUCUGGACUCCGAGUUCUUCGCUCAUCUCAAGCGCAACUGGCUGUGGACUAACCGUCUCCUGGCCUGCGAAUAUCGGCCCAGUACGUCGGGGCAAACCGACCAAGCCAAAGUGCGACUGAAGAGCCUGAUGAGUAAAGAAGCGCUGCGAGCCGCAUUGAAAGCCGGAGCUUCUUCCCCUCCCUACUUGACCGCCAAGAAGUCAGUGGUCAUUGAAGAAAAUGUGGAGGUGGCGAUCGAGCCAUCAUCCCGGAACAAGCAGGUGGUCGGAGGGAAGCGGCAGAAGAGGAAGAGACCCAAAAAGGAAGUUGUUAAGGUUCCUCGCAAGAAGAAAAAAGAGCCCAAGAAGCGCGCCCCCAUGCACGACGAGGCUGACCAUCAAGCGUUGAAAAAGAUGACCAGGCAGCGAGUCAUCUGGGCACCACAGGAGGACUCUCUGCUCAUGCUCUGCGGCAUGGCUUCGCAUCUCCUCAACAGCAAGUUGCGGAGAAUGUUUGUGCCCUACUGCGUGGUACGAGACCUCCUCCAGGAAGAGUUUCAGAUAUCAGAGGACAAAACGUCAUUGGCGGUCGGGCGCCGCACCCGCUACAUCCUCAAGAAUCCUCAGACAUUUCUCAACUACAGAAUCUGCCUGGCUGAAAUCUAUCAGGACCAAGACUUGAUGAAACAGUUGGAGGACAACAAGCCAACCAAUCCCAAUGAUGCACAAGAUUGUUCCAAAGCGUUGAACGAGUACGUCAAGCUCCUCAGACAGAAGUUCAGCUCAGUCCUGAAUGCAGACGAUGUGAAGUUGCCUGAAACCAAACAUCAACUCUUUUCACAGUUUAAAGUGUGCGCAAUAGACACUGACAAGCGGAUCCCAUCCAGGGACACUAUCACUAGUACAACAGAAAUCCACACGUUGGUUUUGUUCAACCUCAUCCAGAGUACACUGGCCAUGACCAACUAUCAGAUGAAGUAUUCCAGAUCCUUUCAGAUGUUCCACAUUUACAGUCAGUACCCGCAGGAGCUCCUGUGCCAGGUUUUCAUCCAUUGCCGAAAACGUCAUCUGGUCAACCGGCGCCGCGUCUGUCAGUCGUCAGGACCCAAGAAGAACCGAGCUCUGCCCAUCCUACCCAUGUCCUUCCAGCUCUCGCAGUCCUACUACAGAUUAUUUUCAUGGCGUUUUCCUCACACCCUGUGCACCGAGUCAUUCCGCUUCCUGAAGGCUUUACUGAACAACGGCACGGGCGACGACAAGCCUUCGGUCGCCUACUGCCUGGAGACAGAAAACCGGACAGAGGGCGGCGAGGAAAUGCAGAAAGGACGGCCAUCCCCACCCGGAGAGACAAAGCACGCCGAAGGUGGCCAAACCAAUACGCAAGAACAUUCUGGAAUGAUACAGUUUUCUAUGGAUUCUCCUGGAGGAGCCUGCUUGGCCUCGCUCACUCUUAUGAGUUUGGGGCUACUGUCUGUCCAUGUGUCCAUCCCCAAGAAGAUGGUUGUGGUGGACAGCAACUUGGUGGACAGCGACGUUAAGAGCAUGGUCUCAUUGGAGGAAGAGGACGAUGAGGACGAUGACAUCGCCGGUGAGGAGUGUGAGGGCAAAAAUAAGAUGCAAGUCAAAGCUCAACAGGCGUCGCACACCAAGUUCCUGUUGAUGAAAGGAUUUUGCAUUCCUGGCAUUGUCCAACUCCGGAAUCAAAACAACGGCAACCAGAACACCACUGACAACAUCGUGGUGGAGUCGUGCAAGCUCAGGAUGCAGCUGCGAAAAACGCCGCUUCACAGCCUCUUGGAAGACAACAGCACCCCUCUGGACUUCUCCAAAACCGGCCGGGCCCUGAUGCCGUCCGUCCUCACACGCUGCUUCCCAAGUACUGUGCCAACUCUGGCUCGGAGCUCCGGCUACUCCCCUGAGGACCAGAAGGCGAGCACCCAGCUAAGAAAGAGCCUGGACGAAGCCGGCGAAAAGGGGGUGGACCAGAUGGACUUGUUCCGGGAGCUCGCUCACCUCUGCGUGCCGCAAUCCGGACGCAGCAGGAGCUUGCAGCAGUACCUGGAGGAUUUACACAAGGAAGGUCAGAUUCUCAAAGUGGGUGGCUACGGCAUUCGUUGGGUGCUCACGCACCACGCCGGGCCCUGGGUCCUCACUGUCAACCCCAGGAACUGGUCCCAGCAGGAGGGCAGUUCCACCAGGUGUCCCUCCCAGCACAACAUCCCCUUCUUGCGCAAGAGGCUCCGGUCCAAGCCCCGGCGGGACGAGGAGGAAGAAGAAGAGGAACCGCCGGGGAAAAAAAUGGCAACAGGCGAGAGGCUCGACGCGGAGGAGCAGCCGGUAGAGCCGGAAAGCCGGGAGAGCGCCGAAAAGGUGUCGACGGGACAAGAAAGCAAGGAGACGGAGGAAAAGGACAAAACGGAGGACGAAGAGAGAGACCAAGAAGCUCCUUCGACGGAACAGGCCGACCCUCAGGAGGCGAGCAUGAGCUUCGUUAGCCGUCCGUGGCGCCUGGUGGACGGGACGCUGAACCGUCAGGUGUGCAAAGGCAUGCUGGAAGGGGUCCUCUACCACAUCAUGUCCCAGCCCGGCAUCCCCCAGCAAAGGCUGCUGUCGCACUACGAGGGCGUGCUGCAGCCCGUCGUGGUUCUGGAGCUGGUCCAGGCCCUGAUGGAACUGGGCUGCGUGACAAAGAGAACGCUGGCCAAACGGGCCAAGCCUUCUCUCUUCAGCCCCCCGCUACCAAGAGAGCAGACGGCGGAGGAGCGGGAAUGGGUUUUUUACGAGCCCGCGGUCAGCUCCUGCCUCAGGCUCGGUCCGGUGCUGCCCAACGAGCGCCACUGGAACCACUGUGCAAGAUAACUUUUUUUCUUUUUUUUAAAUCAUCGCGAAUUCAAAUGGAGUAAAGUUCCACCUCGCAUUCUGUGUUGGUGCCGUUCAUACUGUACAGCAGGGGUGUCAAAUUCAAGGCCCGGGGGGGGCAGAUGCGGCCCGCCACAUUUUAUGUGGCCCGCGAAAGCAAAUCGUGUUUUUUUUGUUUGUUUUUUUUUUCAAAUUUGAACCAAAAUUUCAAAUUUGUCAUAUAAAUGAUGACACUGAGAUAUUGCAAGCAUUUUUGUGUUGAAAAACCCAUUACCCUUGAUUCCAAAACUAGUUGGUAAAUUUAUUGUGUAAAUAUGAUGGGUCAAUUAAAGAUUUUCGUGGUUUUAGUCAUAAUGGACCGUAACUACAAUGUGGCCCGCGAUAAAAAUGAGUUUGACACCCCUGCUGUACAGGCACAAAUCAUAUGACUCCACUUGUAAGACUAUCCUAUUUUUCUAUUAAAAUUUCUUUUCCCCCGGAAAAUAAGUCACAAUUUACAUACCCCGGAAGUUCUCACAGCCUCCCAGUUCUGAGGUCUUGGGUUCAAUCCCGGCCCCGCCUUUGUGGAGUUUGCGUGCGCUCCCCGUGCCUGCGUGGGUUUUCCUCCGGGCACUCUAUAAUUUCCUCCCACAUCCCAAAAACACGCACCAUUAAUUGGACACUCUAAAUUGUCCAUAGGUGUGAUUGUGAGUGCGGGUGUUUGUCUCGACGUGCCCUGCAAUUGGCCGGCAACCAGUUCGGGGUGUACCCCGCCUCCUGCCUGUAGACUGCUGGGAUAGGCUCCAGCACUCCCUGCGACCCUCGUGAGGAUAAGCGGCAAAGAUACAUAUUUCCUCUAGGAAAUACUGCCAUUUUGCUUUGGGAGGGGGAACAAAAAAACUAUUGCGGUGUAUGGUGCCUGCUUGUUUCGUUUGGACUAGAACUAAAUGGCCCAAGUCUGGCAUAGUCCCCAGACCGACUUGCGUCAAGCAACAUAGUACCCUAGCAU